AUGUGGCGGAUCUUUCCUCUUCUUCUUUGCUUCUACGCGGUGCUCUCAAGUGGUACGUCUAGUGAUGAUGACAGAAGAUGGCUUGUUUCCCUCAUAGAUCUGGUGGAGCUCGACUAUCAAGAUCAAUGUAACCAACGAGCUGAAGCGACCUGGGAAGAGCUUUUAGGCAAGGAGAAAAUCUUAUCCUUAAAGGUACUGCUGGAGCAAGACAAGGCAUUUGGAAUCUUCUCCAGCAAGCAGAAAAUGGAUGUGAAGUCAGCAUUCACAAGUCAGGCUCUCGCUGCCGAUGACGAUGUUUUAAGACGUCGUGUGAAAUUGUUACUCCAGCCAGGAGAUACAUUACUUGAAACAGAACAAUGGAUACGGUUGGUAACAUUUGCUGAUACUGCGCUUAACCGAUUGCGAUUUGCUGGGGAUUACAACUGCGGAGUCACUGUUAAUUGCACGUUAAGAGAAUUGCAUAACGCCAUAGCAAGAGAACAAGACGAGGAAAAGUUGCGUCUGAUGAAAGCGUCAUGGGAUAGUCACCUGCCAGAUUUUACGGAAUAUCUUAAUAAAAUUCUGCCUUUACUGAGGAAUGCUUCAAAAGAAAAUCUUUACGACUCUGUGGAAGAAUAUUGGGAUUCGUUAGCCGAAUACGAAGGGGCAAUGUUAACGGCCCGUGAGAUUUGGGAUCACGUCAGACCUUUGUACCUCAAAUUACAUAAAUACGUAUCACUCAAGCUGAAAGGCGUGGACGAAGUUGGAAAGCCCUUGCCGAUACAUUUGCUUAGAUCACUUAAUGGGGACGACUGGUCUAAUUUGAUAGAGAAUUUGCUACCGGUUCAUCCAGACAUUUAUCAAAAACUUCACGCUAAUUUACAAUUAAAGGAUGUUAGUGGCUUAAAUGCAUUCAAAGAAGCAAAUAAACUGCUCAAGCAAUUAAAUUUGGGUGAAAUACCAUCUGAAAUAUUAGAAGAAUCCGCUUUCAAUGGAACUUGCCCUCCUAUAAUAGUAGAUUGGUGCGAACCAAACCGAAUGAGAUUCGUAACUUGCAAGGACGUCAGUAUUCAGAACUAUAUGGACGCACAUGAAACAGCUAUGAAAAUAAAAUACAAAAUCACGACCGGCUUACACAGCAAUAACACAUACGUGUUAAGAGAAGCACCACGUUACUCGGCUAUAUAUGAAGCAGUGCCGGGAUUUGUAUCAUUAUUGUCACUGAAUCCCCAUACAUUAGAGCGUGCGGGUUUGUAUCCGCUUAAUAGGUUUAAUUACAACCAAAACCACAAUAGACUCGUUCUGCAGCUCAUUAUAGCAUUGAGAGAUUUACCGAAGUUAAACUACUACAUAGCCGCAGACGAAUGGCGAUUAGAUGUUUUGAUGGGUAAAAUUCCUUACCAUAAAAUAAACGAGAGUUGGAGUGAAUUCAGAAAAAACUUUUCCCUUAUCGAAUCAUCAAACUCGGAUAUUCUUGGAAGCGCACACAUUUUGUCAAACAAGCCUUACAUUGGCAAUUUCUUGGGAUUGAUUCUAAAGUACCAAGUCUAUCAGUCUUUUGCUGAGGAACUGAGAUCUGAUGACUCCGAUUUAGUUCAGCACGUAUCUGAAAACAAUCAACGAUUAAUUGAUGCUAUGAUGCAAGGCUAUGGUACUCCUUGGCCUGAAAUGGUUAGUGAUUUGCUAGCAAAACGAGAAAAUGGUUUAGAGUAUACCGGGCUCACUGAUUACUUCAGGCUUUUAGACGAAUAUUUGGAUAACCAAUUAGAUCCAACAAGUGAAAAUACCAUUGAAGAAUACGUUGAACCACCAAUUGAGGUUCCACCACAAGAAAAUGAAAUACCCGAAGAGACUCCGCUUCCUAAAUCAGAGCAUAAUGAAGAAGAACAGGAUAAUGCUAUUAAAACACACGAUAAUAUCAACGAGAACAUAAUAGAUACAGAGGAUGAUCAUAACUAUAAAUUAGAAACGUCAACAGUUGGAGUGUUAGAAAUCAAAAACCCUUUGGCUGCAGGGGACCAGACGGAGUCUACUAAUAUAAAAGAAGCCUCAUACAAUAUCUAUUGGUGGAUCGGCGUCGCAGUAGCGUUAGCUAUCGUCGUUAUUUUAGUCGCGAUAAUUGCAAGAAAACGACACAACCAUAGAAAACAAUUGGAAAGACAAAGAAGACAGAAUUCGCGUGCUUGA